GAAGAAACUAACUGUACAUCCGUUGUUCCGGAUAUAUGAUCAGUUUAUGACCUAGUUGGUUUUGAGUUAUAACACAACUACAAUAAAGGAUAAAAAUAUUAAAGUGUACAAAUAACCAUUAAUUAUAUUGGAUUUCUGCUAUUUUCAUAAACAAAUUGAGAAAUAUACAAUUUAAACAUUGAAUGACACUAUCACGCAAUAUACAGGGCCAUUUUUCAAUGAAUGAUACGAUGUUGAUCCAAGGAUGUUAAAAUAUGGCGUUCAAGUGGUUACAUGUAUAUUGUUUGGAGUUGUUUGUUAUUGAAACAAUUCUGUCAGUGGAUGGGUUGCGAUGUUUCAAAUGUGACUCGACGUCAAAUCCUGACGUAUGCGGCGCGGACUUCAAGCUGACGUCAUUAAACACUAGCUUCAUUCUUGACAGCUGUGACUAUUGCAUCAAAUACCGCUUUACUAACGACAGAGUAUAUUUCCGUACCUGCUCAAAAUAUUCAGAUUACACGUACAAGUUGGGCUGUGACACAUGCCGUGCCAGUGGAACAAGGGUUCGAUCUUGUUACUGCAAUGAAAACCUGUGCAAUGGCGCCGUAUCAGGACUAUCAGCAUUGUCUGAUAUUACACUUGUUUGCCUCUUAGUAUAUUACAGCCUUGUUGAAUUUGAUUUUAAGCGGAUAUACAGAUUCAUAUAACAUAAUAACAGAAUUAGAUAUUUUAUAUCUAUAUGCUCUCAGACAGUUUUCAACUGUUUAUAUUAAAUCAAUUUAAGAACAAGUGACAUCGUUAUGGGAAACGUUACAUUGCCUUGUUGCAUUUGAUUUGAAAUGGAUAUACGAAUUCAUGUAACAUAACACAGAAAUAUUCACUCAGUAUUUACUUUACUUAGAACGAUUUUCACGUGUUAAUUUUUAAAUUGAAAUACUCCCUUAAGAGAAAAUAUGAAGCUUAAAAAAUGAUAAUUUAUAUCUUGAAUAAGAUUCUACUUAUAAUCAAAUAUAAUUAUUUUGAGAGCUGCAUUAGAAACAUUAAGUGUUGUACUAAAUCCAGUAUCUUUAAAUU